UAAAAGCCCAAACCGAGUGCUGCAAUCAUGCUAUUCGGAGCUCCUGGAGCAGCCUGUUGUUUCGACACACGACCUCACCAGCCCAGUUGGAGACAUGAAAACUUUCAUCGUUGUCUGCCUUCUGUCGGCAGCCACUCUGACGAAUGCACGAAGGGAUCAACGUAUCGCAAGCAGUUUGGGAGCCCUUGGUGGAAUCAGCGGUGAGCUGCGGGCUGGGCUCGACCGAGUUGGCCCCCACGGAGCCGACGGUUACACCGCCAGCAUUGGAGCAAACCUUGGCGCAAGGUUAGGUGGUCAGGCCGGUUUGGGAGCAGGCAGCGCCGACUACGGCAACGGCUUCUACAUUGGAGCAGGAGGCGCAGCUUAUCCGGGAAUGUACGGAUCUUCAUGGGGCGGCGCUUACGGCUCUUCCCCAUACGGUGGAUAUGCCCAUUACGGAGCGCCCUAUGGCGGUGGAUACCACGGCGUCAACCCUCAUGGCCACUACGGUGGGCACGGUGGGUACGGUCCGUACGGUGGGUACGGUCCAUACGGCGGGCACGGUCCAUACGGCGGGCACGGUCCAUACGGCGGGCACGGUCCAUACGGCCACUACGCUCCGCACGGAGGCUAUGCCACUUAUGGAUAUCCUGGGGGCAAUGGCGCCUCUCGCGGCUGGGGUACCCGCUCGUUUGCCACAGCACCAGGAGCCACUGCACCAAGGUCGUUUGGUGCCUCUGCAGCCGGACCGACUAGUGCAUCUAGCAGUGUAUCCGGGUGA